AUGGUCAACACCCGUUCGACUAGUCCGAACGCUAGGACAGAGGCCUGUUAUGAGUAUUUUAAUCGUAUCAAGCAAACCCCUGAUCGUCGGAACAGUCAAGGUCCCACCGGGUCUUCUUCCGCUGCCAAGUUGCCUGAAAGCCAGCCUCCUGAAGAUGGCGGUUUGUACAUCCCUGAAUCUUCGGUCGAACCAUUGGUCAAAACGAACGCCGCGAAGAAUGAAAGAAAGAUUAGGUUGGAGUACCAUCUGUACUCACACAAAAAGAAUCCUCAGGACUCUCAGUACCUCGAACCGAAGCCCGCUCUUGGACCUGGGCUACCGGAAAUCGUUCGCUUCGCACUUCCCAUCACCGAGCAGGCCUUUGAGGAUUUCAAACCAUCUUUGGAGCACUUGAAAAAUAUGCUUUUCAAUCUCGCGGAUGAAAUUGACCCCAAUCAAUUUGGAAACCGAAACAGUGUGUUGUUGGAUAACGCAAUGGAGAAAGGUUUGGUCACCAUUCAUGCGUAUAUUGACGGCCACCCCAAUUAUUUGUGGGAUUUUAAUCGCCUCGUAUGGUGCGAUGCGGCUUGGGUCUUGUUUUUAGACGAGGUUAGGAUGAAUCCUUUGAAACGCGCUGGGAUCAAUGUCACUAUGAUUGAUCCACCUAAGACUCUCCUGGUUUCACCUCCUAACAAUAGUCGGAAGAGAUGCCAUGUGGUACGUACUCCCGAGUCAGUUACAACUAUAUCGGACCAGGUCGAUAAAGAGCAGGGCUCUCCCCAAGGGGUUUACCAAGAGUUUCAGGGAUCUACGGUUUCGAUUGAUCAUCUCACGGUUGAUAUUCUACGUGCGAAGGUGCAUCUGGCCGAUUACAUGAUCUACGCUUCAAUCGCGCCAAACGAGAUCAAAGAGGUCAUUGAUAUCUUACGCCCUCAUCGCAUCAAUUCUUUCGAAAAGUUUCUUUUUCCGGGUAUUUUGGAUGUCCAACAACUGGUUAAAUGGGGUAUCCGAUUUGGAACAGCUAUGGAUUUAAUGUUCAAAUCCAAGGAUUAUUACUGGCACUUACAGAAACGAUUGAACCGCGAUGAGAUUUGA